AAGAUUGAUUUAAAAUGGACUCUUUUCAGUUGUUCAUUGUAGUCUUCAUUGCAACACUUUAUUUUGACGUGUAUGAAGCCGGGCAUAAUAUAUGUCUUACUGAGGUGUGUUUGGAGAGUAAAAUUAAUAUUAAAAAAGAAUUGAGUGAAAGAAUCACUUCCAUACCAACACCAGAGGGAAAUCGACUUCGCUUUAAACCUGGGCUCUUUAGUUUUGGAUGCAGCUAUUUUGACACGUACAAGGCUUGCUUACCUACGGGGUUAGAUCCAUGUGUUCCCGAGAGGUAUCGUAAUACAGUGAAAGAAUUUGUUGAAGCGUUUGACAGGAUUGCGUGUACCAAAGAUGAAAGGCUAGACAAAUUGAUUGACUGUAUGAAUAAUGACAAAGUCCAGAAAAUGUUUUUUAAGGACCUGGUGGUUCAAGGCUUUUCCCUAAUGGCAAAAAUGAGAAGAAACGAUUCCGACGUAUGCAGCGAAAUGAAGUCAGAUAUCAGUACCACCGUCACAAAACUCUCGGCGUAUUGUGACCAUGAUGGUCUGCGAGCACUUUUGCAGUUCAUGAACGAGCUGGGGGAAGAGCUACAAGAUAUUUUACAAAAGGCUGUAGAUACUUUGGAAUACAAAGAAAUUUGCUAUGACGAGUUUAUGGAAGUGACUUCAUCAGCCCAGAGUUCCAUUACAAGGCAAGCUUCGGCCCUGAACACCUCUCGGCUCGUCAGAUCACUGCUUGGCUUGUAAUUCCUGCUCUUUGCAUUUUCAUUAAAGAAAUGAAGCAUGAGAAAAA